AUGAGCGCUAAGGCGCGCGUUGUGCGGAAAAUACCGGAUGAGGAAACAGAUAAGGAAGCGGAUGUGCAAAGCGAGUGCAAACGCAGAGCGAGUGUUAUAACAAGCGCGGAUAAAGUGCGCCCAAGUGGUGACUACUACUCUAAGGUAAAACCCAAUAGUGAGGGAAGUACAGCAAAGGGGAGUAAUAAUGAUGAUGUACGCUGCAAUGCUUGUUACAAACCACGAGGCAAGGGAUAUGACGUACCAAUGAGGGCGCUUAAGCGCGAGAAAGUGCGCAAGGAAAGUACCGCGCCUAUGGCGCGUUUCGCGGGAAAGCUGCACAUUGCGUCAGCUCAGGACAAGAAGCAUGCAGUCAUCCACAUGACCUGGAAACUUGAGUUGAUUGAGAGGCAGAAGGUGUUCAUGCAGUCACUCCGGAAAGAGCAGGAAGCAGAGCUUAAGAUUGCAGAGACCGAAAUGGAGUUCUUCAGGCAGCUUGCAAUUUUCGCAGAAGAACUGGAUGAUCUCGAUGUCGCUGAUGCACAGUAUAGACAGUUUUCGGCUCAAGGGAGGAAGUGUGUUGCCCCAUUCGCUAACAGCAGCGACAUGGAACUUUCUCCCAAUGAACUCGAGGCAGAUGAUGAUUCCUACUCCUCAGGCUCCCACAGUGAUGGGGGGUCGGAUGACCUCAUUUAUGGAGCGAAUGAAUAG